UCAGUUCACUAUUCUUCAAUGGAAGGAAGUAAGAAGAGAGAAUUACAGCUACUGCUCCCUACAGCUACAUUCACUCAUGAACCUCCUGGUGAACUCAAGCCACUGGUAAUGACAAUGGAGCGCAGUAACAGUACUGAACCAACGCUCGACUUAAGCCUGUCAAUGAGCGUCGCACCUCCAUGGAUGACUCCCGGAAAUCUCGAGGCCGGGAGCAGCUUGAGAAGCUUGCAAGUGCUGAAGCAGCAAGUGGCAGAACAGGUUCGACUAGCUACGUUGGAGAGGGCUUAUGCUGAGCACAUGAAGGAGCUAACAAGGAGGGAGCUGGAGCUUGCGGAGAAGGAGUUCACCAGGGCAAGGUUAGUCUGGGAGCGAGCCAGAGAGGAGUUAGAGAAAGUUGAGAGAAUGAAGAUGGUCGCUACCAGGAGAAUCAGUUCUACCUGCAUAGAAAUCACCUGCCAAGCUUGCCAUCAACAUUUCCUGCCAUGAAAUAUUUUAUAUUUUUGGUCAUAUAAACGAUCCUCGGUUCAGUUCCAGCAUAUUCGAACAGGUCAAUCUUAGUCAUAAAUCAAUCAGUCUGUUCAUAGAAGAACUGCAAAGAUCAGUAGAAUCGAGAUAAUUUCCUGUUGCUGAAAUUAUCCAAAAUGUAAGCUGCCAUUAUCUAGAGUAUUAAUUGCAUCAGAGAUGUA